AUCAGUGAUUAAGAGUAUUCAUUGCAGACUAAACUUUUCUCUUUUUUCGACCAUCAGAUGUUUUUUCUCUUUUUGAGUAUGUUGUUGUUUCUCCGGUCCUCUGCUGACGGAUCCAUCAAAACAGCUGAGAGUUACUGGACACUUAAACCAAAUGUGCUUGUUGUGAAUGUCGAUGCAAGUGAAGAUGAAAACAUGGUGCCACUUAUCUGUGGAGAAGCCUAUGAAGGGGAAAAUAUUACAUGGACCAGAAACAACGAGGAAAAUCUGGAGGCUCAAGGAAACAGGAUCGUCAUCACAGUGGAGGCCUGGAAGGGGGGCAACUACUCCUGUUUCAACAGUGAGGGAUCCUACCUAAACCACACACUGGUGCUGGCUCAAUGGUCCUUCAGGAAGUUUAUCAAGAAUACUCCUGAGAAAGGUUACAUUUAUUGUUCAACAAAUAACUACGGCGGUUCCUUCAAAUGUAAAUGGGAAUGGGGUGAGAACAGGAAUGGCCAUGUUGUUCAUAUCAAAGCCACACGUCCUCAUGGUGGAAGCAACAUCAGCUGCAGUCUGGAUGACGGAGGACAGUCUAUCACAUGCUUGGACCAUGACUACUGUCCCUAUGCAGAGGAGGUGGAGCGCAUCAACCUGACCAUAUACUCCAGAAGCAGCUUUGUUGUUGAAUCCUACAAUACAAAGUUCUACAUCAUGGAUAUCGUGAGGCCUGACAUGGUGCCUAUUAGUAGGAUCAACAAAACAUCUGUAGAGGUCAGAUACCCACACUCCUGGAACACACCAUCAUCUUACUUCCCUCUCAUGUUCCAAGUGGUUCGCUGUCGGAAACGUGAAAAAUGUGACUGCUCCAAACCGAACUUACAAGAGAUUUUAUUCACACAAAGUCACCGGCUGCCAGUGAAAAAAGGGAUGUGUGUUUGUGUGAGAGCCAAGGACGAAUUCUGCAAUUCCUCAUGGAGUGACUGGAGCCAGUACAAAUGCAAAACCAGGAAAAACGGAAAGCAGAGGAACCGAGUACCAAAGUUAAAGAUGCUAUAAUUUAUUAUGCAUCAUUAAAUAAAAAUCUAUAGAACCAUUAUGAUGCUUUCUGUAGUUAUGAACAAUGACUGACUCUAUAAGGCCUUCUCUGGUCAUAUACUGUGUAAUUAAAUGCAAACACAUAAUAUGUGUUCUUGUAAUAAUGUAUUUAUUGUAAUAACACUUAUGCUCUUAAAUGAAUUAUUUAUAACUGUAGUACAUUUUAACUGUGUUAAAUGUAUUUAUUAUGAUUGCUGAUG